ACCCCCAGCUCCGCUGUUUGCUCCCCUCAGAUCAACUAUCAGAUGGUUGCAUUUCCUCAUCAGCGCGGACCGCAGACAGGCUUUUCCCCGAUCAUUCUGUGCGUCCCGGUGAUCGUUGCUGCUGCUGUGAUGAAGACGAAACUGUCCUGUAGUGGAUUGUCUCCAAGACCGGACUGUUGACGACUCUCCCCUUUUCUCUUCGGAUCUUAAGAAACCAACGAUAAGCUCCAUGACUCUCCACUGUGACGACUAGAACACAUCCAGACUGCUGUAGUUUAUUAUCCUGACAGCAUGUUGGGGUCACUCUGGAUUUCCCAUGGUGCCACCAAAGUGUUCAGAGGAAGAAGCUUCAUCACAGUUCUAUCUCUGGCUUUAUUGUUGCCCACAGUGAGAGUCAGUGCACAGUUAAUAGGAAGCCCUCUGGACUGCAAAACUUGUGUGUGCGCCAGCAACAUUGUUAGCUGUUCCAAAAUGAAUCUAACCAACGUUCCCACCACUCUUCCACAAUAUACAGCUGUUCUGGACCUCAGCUUCAACACCAUCACCAAGCUACGUGCUGAAUGGACCCCCAAAACUCUCAGCAGACUACACAGUCUGCUGCUAAGCCACAAUGGCCUCACCUUCCUCUCCUCUGAGGCGUUUGUGUAUGUGACAAAGCUACGUUACCUGGACCUUUCCUCCAAUGGCCUCCGCCAGUUGGACGAGUUAAUUUUUGAGCCGCUGGAGCACCUGGAGGUGCUGCUGCUUUACAGCAACCGCAUCUCUCAGAUAGAUCGCACUGCCUUCUCUGGCCUCGUCAGCCUGCAGAGGCUCUACCUGAGCCAGAACCAGAUCUCACGCUUUCCCUUGGAGCUGGUGAAGGAGCGGAGCCGGCUGGAAACUCUUAGGCUGCUGGAUGUGUCGUCCAACCGAAUCAAAUCCCUGCCCCUCUAUGAGCUUCAGGCUCUGCCUGCCUGGAUCAAGAAUGGCCUGUACUUUCACAACAACCCUCUGACCUGCAGCUGUGAGGUGCAUGACAUGAUGGCACGGUGGUACCUUAAGGGGCUCAGCUCAGCCACGGACUUCAAGGACAGCCACACAUGUGUGUUACCAGGCCAGCAGAAAGAGAAAAUGGUCAUACUGGACCUGGACAAGCUCUAUUUGAACUGCAGUGAGGUCAAAAUGAUAGACAAAGAAACCUAUCUGGAGCAGUUCCUGCUCCUGGACUGUGACACCAGGGAGAAGGACAUGAUGAAGAGCUGGGCGCUGCCUGGAAACAUCCCACUGUCUCCAGAACACAAGACUGCUUUGAUGCGUCCAGAUGGCAGCCUCCAGAUUGGGCCCCUGAAGGCAGAGGACUCAGGGGUGUACACUUGCUAUGCCACCAGUGACUUAUUUAAUGAGACGCUGUAUGUAUCUGUAAUGGUGAUGAAUUCCACCAAAAGUGGUGGACUGGAGAACCUAAAAACGGCCUAUACCACCCUCGUAGCAUGUCUGGUCAGUUUAGUUAUGGUUCUCAUCUACCUCUAUCUCACACCCUGCCGCUGCGCCUGUUGUCCAGGUCAGGGCCUGAAUAAAAGCGAUCCCAGAGACAGCCUCCACUCUUCAACUGUAAGUAUCACUCAGACACACGAGGAGACGGGGCAGGAAAGAAUGGAAGGUGGGGGCUUUGCCUACAGACAUGUGGCCUUCUUGCAACCCAAGGACCAGCUGGAGCAGAACGGGAGGUUGAACCCAAUAGGCGAGGAAGAUGAGGAGUGGCAGGGGGACAGCAGGGAGAGAAGGAGGUCUGACGCGGAGUCUGUCAGCUCCGUGUGCUCCGAUACUCCCAUGGUGGUGUAAAAGUCAGCGGCACAGCCUGGAGGGUAAGACAGUGAUGGCUCAACCCAUGUGGCUGUUGUCACAGUAGUAUGUACUGUUAAUAUAUGAUAACAACAUUAUAUUAUUAUUAUUAUUAUGAAUUAAAAAACAAUUCAAAACACCCCAAAACAUUGUGAAAAUGCAGAGAAAUUUAGUUAAAAAUUAUUUGUGACCCAAAAUAUUUUGAGUUAUGCAUUUACAGUUCCUCAGUUGUCACACAUGAUUGUAACUGUUAUUUCUAUAACUAAAACUUAAUUACCUUUUGGAAAAAAUGAAAUUAAUGCUUCUAUUGUUUUAAUUUUUCUGCAAAUCAUUGGCUGGACCUGCAAGAAAUUGAUAUGCAAGUAAAAAACUUAAAAACUUUUUUUUAAACUAAAAUAUUUAAACCUCAAAAGGUCCUAACUCUUAGCAUUAACAACAGCAGGAAACAACUUACUUCUGAAUAACCCGAGGCUGUAAUUUAAAUAAAGGUUAUCCAGCUUGUUAUGCACUGGGAGCACAGCACUAUGAAGAUUAGAAGUUUUAAAGUUGUUGGACAAAAGUUUUUGCUUGAAAGAGAAGCUAUUUUUUAUGCAGAGCGUGCAGAGUAUUAACUCUGCAAGAUGUUCAACAUUUUGCUGUGUUUUAUUUUUUACUGUUUGGUUUUGUCAGCCUUCACAGCACACGGUACUGUAAGGAUUACUCUUACGCAAUUUUAUCUAUUUAUAUUAUUUCAGAUUGUGUGUGACUUGAGUGUCAAUGCUCAAUUAAUGAUAUUUGUGUUUGAGCUUCUGUUGAAGUGUUUUUUUUAAAUACUGCUUUGUAUGCAAGUAUAUUUUAAGUAAUUUAAGAUUCUGCAUAACUACAGAAUCAUUAGCCCAGCCUUUUCUGAAACAUAUUUUAACUGUAAUUUGCUUUAAUCAAUAAUAAUUUCUAUAAAAUUUAGUUUGAAUCGUUUCUCUAUAGCAAGAAAAAACAGAUAAACAGAUAAACCAAACUAGUGUUGUGGCAUUUAUUAAUUAACAAUGACCACAUACACACUGUGGGUAUUACUGGCUGAUAUCUAGUUGUGUACGUCAAUAAAUACAACUUUUGACUGUUAACAAACAAAUGUACAUGAAAUAUUUAUUCAAGAUUAGCCAGUUAAUUGACACAGCAUAUGUAAUUGCAGCUUACUUUCCAGGUGACACUGCAAAAAACAGAAACACCAGAUUCCCAGUAGUUGUUAGACAAAGAUUUGAAUUUCCUGAUUGUGUGCUUAUUCUAACCAUUUUAGGCCUAAUAUGCAGUAAUGGCAUUUUUUAAAGAGACUUCAUAAGUACAUAAAAAACCUAAAGGAUCUAGAAAAAUAGCCCAGUUGACCGCUGACCACAGUCUGUGUAGCUGCUGCAGAUUUCAGGCUCAAUUCUUCAGUAAACUGUUUAUAAAGAGUUUAUUAUGUUAA